GUUAAAAGAAGAGUCAGUCUUGGAAUAUCAGACUCAAGUUCAUUACUCUCAUCGCUGCGAAUACUUGAUAGAAGCUCUUAUAGACGGCGUCGAUACCUUUCUUCAUCAUCCGCCUAGAAGACCUUGCCCUUCACCUCUAGAAGCCAGAAGACCUUGAAGCAUACACAUAUACAAUACACCCAGACCAUGGCACCCACUGCCCUCGCCGACGUGGCCGACGACCACACGCUCGGCCAGCACCUCGAGUCCAUCUCGGACGCCAUUGACGACGUCAACUCGAUCAAGUACGACACAAAGUCCAAGUUUGACGCGGCCAAGGACAAGGCCACGUUCCGGCAGUACGAGGACGCCUGCGACCGGGUGCGCAACUUCUACCGGGAGCAGCACGCCAAGCAGACGGUGGCAUACAACCUGGCGGCGCGGGCGCGCUUCUACUCGGCGAGCCGGACGCGGCCGCGUAUGACCAUCUGGCAGGCCAUGGAGAAGCUCGACACGCUCGUCGACGAGAGCGACCCGGACACGAGCCUCAGCCAGAUCGAGCACCUCCUCCAGAGCGCCGAGGCCAUCCGGCGCGACGGCAAGCCGCGCUGGAUGCAGGUCACCGGCCUCAUCCACGACCUCGGCAAGCUCAUGCUCUUUGACCCCGCGCUCGGCACCCAGGGCCAGUGGGACGUGGUCGGCGACACCUUCCCCGUCGGCCUCGCCUUUGACCGCCGCAUCAUCUACCCGGACACCUUUGCCGCCAACCCGGACACCCGGGACCCCGUCUACGCCUCCCCGCUCGGCAUCUACCACGCCGGCUGCGGCCUCGACAACGUCAUGCUCAGCUGGGGCCACGACGAGUACCUCUACCACGUCGUCAAGGACCAGAGCACCCUCCCGGACGAGGCCCUCGCCAUGAUCCGCUACCACUCCUUCUACCCCUGGCACCGCGAGGGCGCCUAUCGCGAACUCAUGGCCGACAAGGACCACGCCAUGCUCCAGGCCGUCCAGGCCUUCAACCCCUACGACCUGUACAGCAAGAGCGACGACGUGCCCCGCGUCGAGGACCUCAAGCCCUACUACAUGGGCCUCAUUGACAAGUUCUUUCCGCAGGGCGAGCUGGCGUGGUAGGACAAGUUGUCUUGGGCUUGGGUAGUUGCAUUUUCCGGCGUUUUAGACGGCAUUAGCGAUUAAUUGACGCACAGACGUGCCAGUGAUACCAGUCUUGUUCUUGAUAUCGGUGUGGUCGUUCUGUAGCGAAUUAGUGCUUGCGUCCGCAAAGC